AGACCACCCUGUUUCUCUGUAAUUCAUAGUCAAAUCUGUGUACCGUAAUUCAGCCUGUGAAUUCAUAAAUUAAGCUUGCUUUCAACAUGGUCCAGUGUUUACUGCAAAAUCUUGAGACUGUGAAUAUUCUACUUUCCAAAUCAUUUAUUGUCAUAGACUUCCACUGUAUUGAUGCCGAGGACUCUCUAAGCAUCAGCUAAUAUUGUUUUAUCUCCUUAAACAGGUGGGCCAGGAUUGGUAGAUCCUUGCGAAAAGAAGCCUGUGGACACACUAAUGCCUAUGGGGGAGCAACAGAGAGAGGAUAUUACCUCAAGUGCCCAAUUUGCUCUGAGGUUGCUGGCAUUUCGUCAGAUCCAUAAAGUUCUGGGUAUGGACCCUCUGCCGCAGAUGAAUGCUCGUUUCAACAUCCGCAACAGUCGCAAGCGUCGCCGUGACAACAGUGAUGGGACAGACAGCUUCGAGGGUGAAGGCAAGAAAGACAAGAAGGAUUAUGAUAGUUUCUAAACAUCACCAUUAUUAAUAAAAGGCGUUCUAAAUACUAAAAUGUACUAACAUGCUGUAUGCGCUUUCUCCUGUGUACUACUGGCUUCUUUUCUUUUUGUAACCACAUGUAUACAUGGGUAAUUGCAGUUAAUUUGUCUACUGUUUUAGUUGUAGAUUUCUUUGUAGAAAGUUGUUCAGACCUUUCUGUGUUAUAUAAAGCUGUUUUUACCUAGUGUGCUUCUUAAAUUGAAGUGUUGGUAAAAGUGGCUUCACAAGUUGCUGCUCUAGUUUCAGCCAUGUUCUGUCUGAAUUUAAGUUUUGGGGGUAGGUGAGAUUAUUGAAUCAAAAUGGAGCUAGUCUCAUCUGUACUGUGGAACAAGAGGAAAAGCAAUUAUAAAUGUCAAUGCCUUCAUCUGUAUAGCUGCAUUUCAGUGCUAAUCUUUUAUUUGUGAAGCAUUUAUUUGACCAACAGUUUUUUUUUUUUUUUUAUAUUAAGUACUAUGCUUAAUGCAGUUGAUGUUUGAUGCUGUGGUGUUAUGUGUCAGUGUUAACCUACACUUAAAGUAAGAGACCUGUGGGGCAUUGCACAAUGAUUCCGAAGAACUUUAACUGUUGAUAGAUCUUUGUUAGUAAUGA